AUGGAAGUUCAGAUCUUCAGCAGAGUCGGAGCUAGCUGCAGCCCCUCUGUCGAGGAGUACUGCAACGGCGCCGGGCUCUGGGUCAAGCUCAGCAAGGAGCAGCUGGAGGAGUACACGGGCAGCCAUGACCUGGCUGAGGGCUGGAUCCUGGCGCAGAGGUUUGGAGAGGGAGGAGAUAAAUUGGUGCCAGUGGAGUCUCUGCAGAACGUCCAGUGGCAGCAUCAGGCACUCGGGAUUGAUUAUAAAUCUGCAGGCAGCUGGGAACAAGUGGUGGACCUGAUGUACUCCAUGCGCCUGGGAGAGAAGCCCGUACCCAUAGACCAGGAUGAGGCGGCAGUGCACAAGUUCCGGUCCGUGCCCCCAGGCUGGAGCUAUGAGCGAGACAUGGAGCUGGGACGCUUCCUGUACGAUCACAGAGAGAGGCAGCAGCAGUGUGGGGACUGCAGCAAGGAGCACCUCAUCAGCGUUGAGGUCUCCUCACAGACGGAGGACUGUGUCGCAGCCCACCUGACUGACAACCAGGCAUACACCUUCUGGGAGAGCAACGGGGCCCCGGAGCAGCACUGGGUGCGGCUCAACAUGAAGAAAGGCAGCAUUGUCAAGAAGCUGUCUUUGACGCUGGACGGGCAGGCCAAUUCCUAUGUACCCAGGAGGGUGGCUGUGUAUGGGGGGCCACUGAACAAGCUGCAGCACCUGAGAACUGUCCUAAUUAAUGAGAACAGCUACCAGAAUGUCUGCAUCCUCCGUGACAUGAAGACCCACGUGCCGGUGCUGGAGAUCCGUAUCCUGGAGUGCCGGGAACGAGGGUACAAUGUCCGCCUGCGAGGGAUUAAGAUCAAGUCCUUCUGGGAGUGGGACCUGAUCCUUAACAGUGACAUGUUCCAGCCAGCCCAUCUGGUGCGCUACCCUCUCCUGGAAGGGGUGGACACCGACGUGCUGUACCGGCGGGCCAUGAUCAUUCAGAGGUUUGUCCAGCUCCUGGACAGUGUCCUGCAUUACCUGAUCCCCCUCUCUGAGGACAGCAUUGGUGCCUUCAGUGUAUUCAGGAGCAUGAAGCCAUUCCUGCUGCUGUGCAAACAGAGUACAGCCCUAAUCACCCACUGCCUCCAGUCCUCGGAAAGCAACCCCCCUCAGACCGCACCAAAGCUGUGCAUCAACCGGCACCUGGCCCGGGAGCACCGCGCCAACCCCGCGCUGGACCCCAGCUGCAAGAACACGGUCUUCACCCAGCUGUAUGAAAGUCUCAGGUCUUCCAAGAACAAUCAGCCCCUGGACUACAGGUGGCCCUCGAGCUACAGCCAGUGGUGGGAGUGUGAUUUCAUCACUGAGGGCAUCAUUGACAAUGGCGGUGGUUUUCGGGACAGCCUGUCGGACGUGUCAGAGGAGCUGUGUCCCAGCUCAGGCGACGUCCCUGUUCCCCUUCCCUUCUUCGUGCGCGCCUCCAACCAGGGUAACAGCAGCAGCAAUGCCAGGGACAUGUAUGUCCCCAACCCCUCGUGCAAGGACUUCCCCAAGUAUGAGUGGAUCGGGCAGCUGAUGGGAGCAGCCCUGAGGAGCAAGGAGUUUCUGAUCCUGGCUCUCCCAGCACUGGUGUGGAAGCAGCUGGCAGGGGAGGAGGUCAGCUGGAGCAAGGACUUUGCUGCUGUGGACUUAGAGCUGGUGAGGCUGUUAGAGAUGCUGGAGGAGGUGGAUAGAGAAGCCUUUGAGUUCAUGUUUGGCCGAGAGCUGACCUACACCACGGUGCUGAGUGACCAGCGCGUGGUGGAGCUGAUCCCCAACGGCAGCAGCACCGUGGUGCGCUACGAGGACCGCAAGGAGUUCAUCCGCCUGGUGCAGAAGGCCCGGCUGGAGGAGAGCAAGGAGCAGAUCACAGCCCUGCGUGCUGGACUGCUCCGCGUGGUGCCCCAGCCUGUUCUGGACCUGCUCACCUGGCAGCAGCUGGAGAAGAAGAUCUGUGGGGAUCCUGACAUCACAGUGACUGAACUGCGGAGGUUCAUCGUAUUUGAGGACUUUCCUGCUGACGACACCCGUGUCCAGGACUUCUUGGAAGCACUCAACAACUUCACCAGUGAGGAUCUCAGCCGCUUCCUCAAGUUCGUCACUGGCCGGAGCCGCCUCCCAGUUCAGAUAACUGUCUACCCAGGAAGAACAGACUCGGAUGCAUUGGACUUGAUGCCACAGGCCUCCACGUGCUCCUGUACCUUCUACUUGCCCUGCUAUUCCUCGGCCAAGGUCUGCGAGGAGCUGCUGCGCUACGCCGUGUACAACUGCAUGUCCAUCGACACUGACAAGAGCCCCUGGGAUGAAUGA